AUGAAAGGUAUUAGAAGAUUUGGAAUUAACGGAAAAUUGAGUCCGCGCUAUGUUGGACACUAUGAAAUCCUCGAUCGAGUUAGAAAUUGGGCUUAUCGGUUAGCACUUCCUAAUUGCAUGGAACGAAUUCAUAAUGUGUUCCAUGUAUCACAGCUUCGUAGGUAUGUCGCAGAUCCUUCUCAUAUUUUAUCUCCCGAUGAGUUAGAGCUAAAUGAGGAUCUUUCGUAUGAGGAAGUGCCUCUUUGGAUCAUGGACACAAAGAUUCGAACUAUGAGGAACCGAGAUAUUCGUAUGGUGAAGGUAAUAUGGUCCCGGCAUGGAGUAGAAGAGGCCACGUGGGAAAUAGAACAAGAGAUGUUCAAAGCAUACCCACAUUUGUUUAAUUAA